AUGCCGUAUCCAGGCACCUCGAGUCCAGGCGAAGGAGAGACCGAAACCAUCGCUCCUCUGCUGCCCUCUGCCAAGGCGCAAUCCGGUCAAAAGCUCUCGUUAUCCCAACUUCGGACCCUCGCCAACCAGGGCAACGCCGGCGCACAAGUGGACCUGCGCAUCGUAGAGGCGCAACAGGUCGCUUCGUCUUCCUCGAAACUUCCCAUCGCAUCCUCAUCUACAGAGGCCAGUCCGUCACUACCAAAAAAGCUCGUACCGCCGAAGGGAUGGCUGCAUUUUGUUGCUGGAGGGGCCGGUGGUAUGUGCGGAGCUAUCAUCACAUCCCCACUGGACGUGGUCAAGACGCGGCUCCAAUCCGACCUGUAUCGUCAGCGCUCAUCACAGAAACAGGCUGUUUCAAAAGCGGCACAAAAGAGCGGGAUAUUGCAAAGCGCGCGCCGCUUGGCGUACCACUUUGUCGAGACGGGCUAUCUGCUCAAGGAGAUCAGCACCACGGAAGGGCCACGCGCCUUGUUUCGUGGGUUAGGACCGACACUGGUAGGUGUGAUCCCAGCACGAUCCAUCAACUUUUACACGUACGGCAACGGAAAAACGCUCAUAGCAGAGCGCUUCAAUGACGGUAAAGAGACGCCCUUGGUUCACCUCAGCGCUGCAGCUUUGGCUGGCGUGGUGACGGCGACAGCAACCAAUCCAAUUUGGGUUGUCAAGACACGCUUGCAACUCGAUUCGCGUCACAACGAGCGCGCGGUUUCAGCAUCUGCCGCCUCUAUCAGAUCAGCGGCCUCCUCUGCUGCCACCACAACAGCGACAACUGCCAGGCCGGGCGUAGUGCACUUUUCCACCGCCUCGUCAGUCGUACGAUCCAAAAAGUCACUUGGUGCCUUUGGCGAACCGGCCUUCUUUCAUGCGUCCAAAACCACCACUGGAUCUAGCAUGAACUCAAUGCAAAUGUCACUACACAUCGUACGCAAGGAAGGUAUCAAGGGCCUCUACAAAGGUAUGAGUGCCAGCUACCUCGGUGUAGCUGAAGGAACCAUCCAGUGGGUUCUCUACGAAAGGCUCAAGAAGAUGGGUGCUGAAAACGCCUCUCCCUCGGACGAGGCGAGAGGCGGCAAAGUGACUAGCAAGUUGUCGAGCAUGAUUGGCGCCGCGGGCGUGGCCAAGUUGGUAGCCAGCCUGCUCACAUAUCCUCACGAAGUGGUGAGGACGCGGUUGCGACAACAGCCUCCAGCAGGGCAAAAGGCGAAGUAUACGGGCUUGAUGCAGACGGUCAAGCUCGUGUAUAGAGAGGAAGGUUUUGCUGCAUUGUAUGGAGGACUCAGUGCGCACUUGCUCCGAGUCGUGCCGAAUGCUGUCGUCAUGUUUUCCAUCUACGAACUUACGCUGCGCUUCGCUACGAAGGUCGAAUAA